CCGGGUGCAGGGCCGCUCCCCGCCGCCCGGGGGCGCUGCUGUAACCAAGGAGACGCGGCCUGCUGCCGGCGGCCGACCUGCCCGACGCUGCUUUAAGUAAGUGUUUCACAACUCUGAUGCUGUUCUGUCACAGAGGUUUGGUAGUUGGACUUGAUCUUUCAAUUUCCUUGCGCUAAUUGCAGAACCUGAGCCAUCAUGUCGGUGAGCCACUCCAUUAAAGAGCGAACAAUUUCUGAGAACAGCCUCAUCAUCCUUCUCCAGGGUAUACAUGGCCAUGUCACCACUGUGGAGCUGAGAGACGAGAGCUCCGUCAGAGGACGGAUUGUGAAUGUCGACGCCUUCAUGAAUGUCCGUCUUUCUGAAGUGCUGUACACUGACAGGGCAGGCAAGGCCUUGCAACUGGAUGACUUCUUCGUCACUGGCAGAAACGUACGUUACGUUCACAUUCCAGAUGAGAUCAGCAUCAUCGAUACCAUCCACAGUCAACUGCAGAAAAUUCACCGAGUGCGGAAUUUUGGGGCGAAAGAUCGAGGAAGAAAAGAAUUUCCAUCCAAAAGAUAAUAGUGUGUUGAGCCCAGACAAGCAGACGUCUGUGGUAGGAGCUUCACCGGGGAAGGAGGGGAUUAGGGCUGGUUUAUGUACGGAAUUAGAGAGAGAGCUGUUGUGGAAGGGAGCCAGGGUGGAAAAGCAAGACAGAAUGAUGUAUGGGAUUGGGGUGGGAGUGGAAUCAAGACAACGGGGUGCAGUAACAUUGAUGAGGACAACCACACCUCCAAACUAAUCAGUUGGCAGUACCUUCAUCCAUGGGUUUAAAAAUAAUUGGGUAAAAUCUCAUCACACAAUCCAUGAGUCUGCGAUCCCAAGCAAUGCCGAGAGUGUACUGCAUUGUACACUCUGCAUUGUACAUUCUGACUGGCAAAUCCAAUGUGGUUUUAUGGUUCAUGUGCACAUUACUGGAAGAACUGGUAUCCCGAAUGACUCCCGUCUGUAGCAACUUCACUGUGGGAGAUUGCCUAGUGGAGAGUCCCUGCUGCAUUUGGCGAUAUAAGUCCAAAAUAAUUCAUUCUACUUAAAAUGUUUUGGGUUAUCUCUGUGAGAUAAGCCUUGAUGAAAUUAAAAUGCAUGUCCGUUAUUUUGUAUUGACAAUGUAUAUCUGUAUUGAUUCCCAAUAAAUAAUGGAAACAUGGAA